CCGCGAACCCUUCCUCCAACAAACACCUUCUGCCUCCCCUGCCUCGCAGAUAUUCUGUAUCCGCACAAAAGGGAGAGCUCGCUGGCCGAAGCCCCUAGCUUCGUCUUAGCUGAAACUGAAGGGAUUCGUUGCCGUAGCUCCUACGGAUUCUGAUUGAGGCGGCUGAUCAACCUUUGGCGGAUCGAAUGCUGUUCGUUUUCACUGGAGAAGUCUUUGCAUAAUUAACUGAAAGGUGAUUGCAUUUUAUUCACCAGCAGCAUGAAGAAAGCUUUUGACCAAACUGUUAGGGAAUUAAAGAGAGAGGUUAACAAAAAGGUUUUGAAGGUACCUGGAAUUGAGCAAAAGAUCCUUGAUGCAACAAGCAAUGAACCUUGGGGUCCACAUGGGUCACUUCUGGCUGAUAUUGCACAGGCUACCCGCAAUUAUCCUGAGCAUCAAAUAAUAAUGCAUGUAAUCUGGAAAAGGCUCAAUGACACUGGCAAAAAUUGGCGCCACGUAUAUAAGUCUUUGACUAUUUUGGAAUACCUGGUCGGGCAUGGAUCUGAACGAGUUAUUGAUGAGAUCAGAGAACAUGCAUACCAAAUAUCAACUCUUUCAGACUUCCAAUACCUUGAUUCUAGCGGAAAGGAUCAGGGGAAUAAUGUCCGAAGAAAAUCUCAGGCACUUGUUUCCCUUGUUAAUGAUAAAGAAAAAAUACAGGAAGUUAGACAGAAAGCACUCUCAAACAAAGACAAGUAUCGUGCCACUUAUUCUUCAAGUGGAUCAUAUAAGCCUGGUUCUUAUUCAAGUGCUAGUGGUUUUGGUGACCGUUAUGAUGAUGAUCGUUAUGAAGGCCGUUAUGGAGAUAGAGAAGAUGAUCGGAAUGGAUAUGGGAGGGGUUACAGAGAUGAUGAUCGAUAUUCUAGAGGUGGAGACUUCAAUAGGGAUGGUGAUGGGUUUGGUAGAGAUUCUGAUGAACACUCUGGACGAGGCAGUUACAAAAAUGAUGAUAACAGAGGUGGUCGGGGUAAUGAUGAUUAUCAAUUUGGUCCUAGAAGCAAGAGUUUUGAUAAAGACAAAGACCAUUCAUAUGAGGAAGAUGAUAGUUACUCCUAUCGAAAUGGUGGUGAUAGGGCCAAUGAUGCUUCUCCCAAUGAAAGGAACCUCGAGCCAAAGCUCUCUGAACAAAAUGCGGGUGCACCACCCAGCUAUGAAUCAGCAGUAAGAAAUGAAAAUAAUAUUGUGCGGGAUGAGAGGGAUGGAGGGGUAGGAACAGCAGCUGUUCCUAAAUCUUUUUCACCAGCUGCACCAAAAGCAUCAUCUCCUCAGAAUAAUCACCAUGGAGAGCAACCUGCUGUUAAAGGAGUGCAUUCAUCGCCUAUGAGCAUGGAUGAUACUUCAUUUGAUGAAUUUGAUCCCCGUGGUUUCACCCCAGCUGUAAAUUUUGCUCCACUAGCUGCCAGUUCUGCUUCACCAGCUGCUAGUGGUUCAGUUGUAGAUCUCUUUGGGAACUCUUCCUCAUUGGAUCCAGUGAAUUCUUUGGCCUUGGUGCUGACUUCUCCAACCACAACAGCCAAUGAAUCAGAUGUGGCAACAACAAAUUCAGGCUUUGGGAUGAAUUUUGUGGCAUUGUCAUCAGCAUCUCCUGCACCUACAGAAGAUCCAUUUGGAGAUGGUCCUUUUAAGGCUAUUCCACAAGAGAAUUUUCCAAAUCCGAUGCAGUCCUCCGCGCCUGUGGCUUCUGCUGCUUCUUCCUUCCCACCAUCUGCUAGCUCAAUGUCGAUUGCUGAGCCUGUCCUGCCUGCGGCCCCAAUGGCGGAAACUUCAUUGGACUUCGAUUUUGGGGAUUCAUUAAGUGGUCUAACCUAUAUGCCUUCUAUUGAAAAUGAUCCCAUGUAUUCUGCAAACCCAACACUCGUUACUUCAGAGUCGCCGCUAGCUCAACCAAACAUAGAUGGUAUGGGCACAAAUCGUGGGCCGUCAUAUCUACAGACGACCAAUUCAGUCUAUGGUCACUCUUCCUUCUUGGCGCCAGGAUUUGCUUCUAUUUCUUCACCUGCAGCUCAACCAUUUGGUUCGACAAAUGUACAGAUUGAUGACAAGGGCUUCCUUCCACAGCAGCUGGGUCCAUCAAUUCCACAGGGUGCUCCUUUACCUAUGCAGUCAGUGCAACCCAUGGUUCAACUGAAUAUGCCAGCGGCUUCUCGGAAUCUCAAUCAGCCUGGGUUAUCAUCUCCUCUAAAUCAACGAGCCAAUACCGCCAUUUCUGGCCCUUCAAGUUCGAAGCAAUCAAAUGAUACAUUUGAGACCAAAUCAUCAGUUUGGGCAGAUACAUUGAACAGAGGCCUUGUCAACCUCAACAUUUCUGGAUCUAAAAUCAAUCCAUUAGCCGAUAUAGGAGUCGACUUUGAUUCCAUUAAUAGGUUGGAAAGAAGGAAAGAGAAGGACAAGGGCGCUGCAAAUCCUCUCACUUCCACUGUUACCAUGGGCAAAGCCAUGGGCUCAGGAUCUGGAAUCGGCCGUGCCGGGGCUGGCGCAGGGGCCAUGGGGAUGGGCAUUGGUGGUUAUGGUGGAGCCAUGAAUCAACCCAUGGGCAUGGGUGGAGGAAUGGGCAUGAACAUGGGCAUGGGCAUGGGCAUGGGCAUGGGAGGUUCCAUGAGGCCUCAGCCUGAAAUGCAAUCCCCUUCCCCAGGCUUUCCUGGAUCUGGCUACAAUUCCAUGAUGGGCAUGGGUGGGUAUGGUUCUCAUCAAACAUAUGGAGGUGGAUAUAGGUGAAGGAGCCAGCGAUUAUCUAGAGAAAGUGUUAGGAAAGCUUGUGUUCUUGGAGAGAUUCUUCUGAUAGUUUAGCUUAAGAAAAUUUCUUUCCUUAAUGAUCACUAUUGUGUUUAAAUAAAGGUCAAUAUCUGAUCAGUAUCGAUCAAUUCCAACUACAAUAUUGAUCAUUAAGAACUUUUCUUGAACUAAGCUCAUUGAAAAAUCUCCUGCUGCAACUAUCUCUGUUGUGUCUGAAGCUUCCUACUUGAUUACUGCAUUCAGAUUCGGUCCACAGCGUAAGCAACAUCUGCAUUAAGAUGAGCAACGGAUACAUUACUAUUUUUUGUUUUUUCGUUAUUUGAAACAAUGGCGUACAUUAUUGAAGCUGCGGAAGAGGAGGAAUACUAUUAUAUUAUUAUUCAUUUGUUUUUGGUGUUUUGAGUAGCAUGAGAGGAACUUAUUAUUACGUUGGUGUUUGUAAAUUGAAGCAGAUUACAUGUAUUUGAUAUCAAAAGGGUUCUGUGAAUUAUGCUUUUUUUUUU